GGGGCUGCUGCUGAAGACUUCUGGACGAUUCUCACUCAUGUUAAGUCAUUCAACUUCAGAAGUGACGACUUCAAGUGGUCUUUGCACCUCACGCCCACCACAGGUUUAGUUUCAGACAGGAAGUGCUGAGCAGAUCACAAAGACGUCGCCAUUACUCUGCCUGCAGUAGAGAAGGAUGAAGAUCACUCUGUUGAUUCUCAACUCUUGUGUGUUUCUUGCAAUGGCCUCGUCUGAUAUCACGGACAAAGUCCUCAGUCUGCAGAUAGUUCCCAGCAGAUCUCAGUUCUUUCAGUACGAGGACGUCUCUCUGAGCUGUGAGGCCUUAACCAGGGGGGGCCUGCUGAAGAGGAAUACUUCCAUCGGAGUUAAGUCCUGCCCGGUUGAUUUGAAGGUUCUGGAGGACUCAUCCUGCAUCUUUGAUUCGUUGUACCCCUUUGAUAGUGGUCUGUACUGGUGUGAGACGGAGUCAGGAGAGAAAGGCCAAGCUGUAAACAUCACAGUCACAGGUGGUUCUGUGAUCCUGGAGAGCCCCGUCCAUCCUGUGAUGGAGGGACACAAUGUGACACUGCGCUGUACAGAGAGGGAGUCUUCCUCCAAACCGAAACAAUUCUAUAAAGAUGGCCGCCUCAUCGGACGCAGUGCCUCUGGAUCCAUGACCCUCGACUGUGUUUCAAAGUCUGAUGAAGGAUUCUACAUGUGCAACAUCUCUGGAGUUGGAGGAUCACAGGAGAGCUGGCUCUCUGUGACAGACCAUGCAGCUCCUGAUGCUCCUGAUGCUCCUGAUGCUCCUGAUGCUCCUGAUGCUCCUGAUGCUCCUGAUGCUCUUGAUGCUCCUGAUGCUCCUGAUGCUCUUGAUGCUCCUGAUGCUCCUGUAAUUUUCAUCCUCAGAAUAAUUAUUCCUGUGGUCGUAGGGAUACCUUACCUGCUGUUGACGGUCAUACUGAUGCUCAUAUACAGAGACAGGAGAAGAGCUAAUCGGCAUGCUGCAGACGACCAACGGCAUCAUGUGAUCAUGGAGGUGGAUUAAAAUGAACGAUAAAACUGAAAACAAAUUACAAAUAUGUACAGGUUA